CGAGAAGCCUUGGCAGGAGGGAGCUCCCGAGACUUGGCAUAGUAAGGGCGUCAGCCUCCUCCCUCCCAGAUGCUCAUCUCUGGGUUCCAGUCUCCUCCAUCACAGAUGUGGCCCCUGCUGUGUCUGAUCCUCCUCUUUGUUGGGUGUACCGCUGCUGGAACCCCAGAGCCUGUGUCUGAGGAUGUCCUGGUGGGCAUUGUGGGGGGUAACAACGCCCCACAGGGGAAGUGGCCAUGGCAGGUCAGCCUAAGGAUCUACAACUACCACGCGGCCUCCUGGAUGCACAUCUGUGGGGGCUCCAUCAUUCACCCACAGUGGGUGCUGACUGCUGCCCACUGCAUUCGCAAGAGAGAUGCUGACCCCUCAUCCUUCCGGAUCCAUGCUGGGGAUGUCUACCUCUAUGGGGGCAAGGAGCUGCUGAGAGUGAGCCAGGUCAUCAUGCACCAGGACUAUGUCAAUGUUGGCCUGGGUUCAGAUGUAGCUCUGCUCCGGCUGGAGAAACCCCUGGACUGCUCUGCCAACAUCAAGCCUGUCAAACUGACCUCUGGGUCUCUCGAGGUCAACUCGAGGUACCCAUGCUGGGUGACUGGCUGGGGCAUGGCCCACAUGUUCGCAUCACUGCCACCUCCCUACCGCCUGCAGCAGGUUCGGGUGAAGAUAGUGGACAAUGCCGUCUGUGAGCAGCUAUACCACAAUGCCACCAGGCACUGGAACCAUGACUAUAAAUUCAUCCAGGAUGAUAUGCUGUGUGCUGGCAGCGAAGGCCGUGGGGCCUGCUAUGGUGACUCAGGUGGCCCCCUGGUGUGCAGAGUGGCAGGCUCCUGGAACUUGGUGGGAGUGGUGAGCUGGAGCUACGGCUGUGCCCUGAGAGACAUCCCUGGGGUCUAUGCCCGUGUGCAGUCCUUCCUGCCCUGGAUCACUGGUCAGAUGAAGUUGUUCCCCUGAGCUCAGCUGCCGGCCUCCUACUGAUCAACAGAUGAGUUGGCUAACUCUCCCAGAAUUCACUGCUUCAGCCUUUGUGUGGUCUCCUGAACCUGUCCAGUCCCCUGGCCUUCUGGGAAUCUGGACAUCCCUGACCCAGGGAAGAAAGCAUGGAGGAUGGCCGGCUGGAGUGGGUGCUCUCAGCUCGAGGGAGAGAGGAGUGGGAUUUGCUAGGCA